CCCAGCCUCGGGCGAGGAAGAGACGCGACCAUAUGCGCAUGCCCUGAAUUUAUCACGGAGGGGCGGGGCUGAGGCUGCGGGAGCUGGAGGGGUGAAGAAAAGGGAAUUCCAACCUGUGGAACCUUGGGGGGUCCCCGGGGUCGGCGCCUUCCCAUUGACUGUGGGCGGUGCAAGGGACGGAGGCUCUGGUGGCUCGUGGGGGUGUUGGGGUCCGCAGGGGGAGGGAGGGGAGUGUCAGAGUGUGAGUGGGGUACGGGUAUUCCAAGUUUGCGGGCCUCCCGGUCUGACGCCGGGGAGGGAGAGCUCAGGCCGCCAUGCGGGACAGGACCCACGAGCUGAGGCAGGGGGAUGACAGCUCGGACGAAGAGGACAAGGAGCGAGUCGCGCUGGUGGUGCACCCGGGCACGGCACGGCUGGGGAGCCCGGACGAGGAGUUCUUCCAGAAGGUCCGGACAAUUCGGCAGACUAUUGUCAAGCUGGGGAAUAAAGUCCAGGAGUUGGAGAAACAGCAGGUCACCAUCCUGGCCACGCCCCUUCCUGAGGAGAGCAUGAAGCAGGAGCUGCAGAACCUGCGCGACGAGAUCAAACAGCUGGGGAGGGAGAUCCGCCUGCAGCUGAAGGCCAUAGAGCCUCAGAAGGAGGAAGCUGAUGAGAACUAUAACUCCGUCAACACAAGAAUGAGAAAAACCCAGCAUGGGGUCCUGUCCCAGCAAUUCGUGGAGCUCAUCAACAAGUGCAAUUCAAUGCAGUCCGAAUACCGGGAGAAGAACGUGGAGCGGAUCCGGAGGCAGCUGAAGAUCACCAAUGCUGGGAUGGUGUCUGACGAGGAGCUGGAGCAGAUGCUGGAUAGUGGGCAGAGCGAGGUGUUUGUGUCCAAUAUCCUGAAGGACACACAAGUGACUCGACAGGCCUUAAAUGAGAUCUCGGCCCGGCACAGUGAGAUCCAGCAGCUUGAACGCAGUAUUCGUGAGCUGCACGAUAUCUUCACUUUUCUGGCUUCUGAAGUGGAGAUGCAGGGGGAGAUGAUCAAUCGGAUUGAGAAGAACAUCCUGAGCUCAGCGGACUACGUGGAACGCGGGCAGGAGCACGUCAAGACAGCCCUGGAGAACCAGAAGGCGGCGAGGAAGGUGAGCCUCCCAGGCCCGGCCUCUGCCCCAGGCACCCUGUGUGACUUCCCUGACCCCCUCCUCUCCCACAGAAGAAAGUCUUGAUUGCCAUCUGUGUGUCCAUCACCGUCGUCCUCCUAGCAGUCAUCAUUGGCGUCACAGUGGUUGGAUAAUGUCACACAUUGUUGGUGAGAUGUUGUGGGCUGUCCUCUGGCCUGCCCCAGCCCUGGCCCCAGCCCUCCCUUCUCCCUCAGACCCUGUUCUCCCUCCUUUCCUUACAGGCACUAGGAGCACCAGGGACCCAGGGCCUGGCCUUCUCUCCCAGCAGCCUGGGGGACAGGGCAGAGCCUCCAGCUGGACCCCUUCCUCACACUGGCCCCUAUGCAGAAGGGCAGACAGUUCUUCUGGGGUUGGCAGCUGCUCAUUCAUGGUGGCCUCCUCCUUCAGGCCUCAGUGCCUGGGGGAGGCCUGCACUGUCCUGAUUGGUCGGGACACAGUUUUGUAAAAAAUUAAAAAACAAAAAAGAGCAUA